CCCGCCGCCACCCCCACCCCCUCUUCCCGGCUCUACCUUCCUGGCCGGCUGUCGGGGUUAGCAGGCAGCAUGGGCGCGGGGUCGGGGCUGGGAACCGCGGCGGGCGGCUCGCUGCUGCUGUGCGCCGCGCUGCUGGCCGCGGGCUGCGCGCUGGGCCUGCGCCUGGGCCGCGGGCGGGGAGCGGCGGACCGCGCGGCGCUCGCCUGGCUCUGCUACGACGCCCUGGUGCACGGCGCUCUGGAAGGCUCUUUUGUCUACUUGUCUUUCAUGGGAAACAUUGCUGAUUCUGAUAGCUUCAUUGCUUCCUUGUGGAAAGAAUAUGGCAAAGCUGAUGCAAGAUGGGUUAAUUUUGACCCAACCAUUGUGUCUGUGGAAAUUCUGACUGUUGUCCUGGAUGGGUCUCUGGCACUGGUCCUCAUGUACGCCAUAGUCACAGAGAAAUAUUAUCGGCUUUGCAGAGACCCCAAAGAAUGUAAGAAUGGCGCCUCAUCACUUGGAAUUUACACCAUAUCUGGGGAGACCACAUACCAACACGUGGAAGUGUCCCAGUUCAGGCAUGGAUGUUCGGAGGGAGGAUAAACAUGGCUUCAGUGUGCAGGUAAAGCUUCCUGCAGAGGUGGGAUCUGAAGGUUAUUUAUUUAUUUAUUUAUUUAUUUAUUUUUAAUAGCAAUAAUCACACCUCAGAUAAACCUCAUUGGCUAGGAUACUGCCACUGCGCAAAGCUGAAGGUCCUGUAAUAGUGGACAGAAUUUGAACAGGAAAACAUCCUAAGCCUAAGGAACAGCGAGGGUGUAGGGAGGCUUCCAUGAGUUUGUGUGACCUGGAGGACGGCUGCCACUGUUGGGGUCCCUACUAUCACUACAAGGACGUCCAGCUCCCAUGGAAGCUUGAUGGGCCAGAGCACAAAAGUAGGGGCAUCAGACGUCCCAGGACGGGGCCACGGAACCUUGCAUCCUGUGAGAAGCAAACAUCUCAGAAGCAGUGAGGUGGAAGGCUGUCAGAGUUGCCCUUGGACUCUGAGGCUCUCAAAGCCCACCUUCCACCCAGAGACUUGUAUAUUUCACCUUCCGGAACUCACCACGGUAAUUCUACGUGAACUAAUUUGAUGUUCACUCUCCCCCAGCAGAAGAUGGACCAUCAGGGAAUGGUGGUCAACCCUAACUGGGCAUGGGUCUGAUGAUAUUUUGCUUUGUUGUCCUUCUUCCCAAAUCUUAUCCAGGGGCAUAAUAGAAGGAGACUUUCUGGGGCUUAUUUUGACUAGAGACACCUGCCUUCAAGGAUUUGGGGCUGUUAGCACUCUCAGAGCUACCUGCUGGUUCCCUUGUACACUCUGCCUCAUCCAGCAAGAAGUACACACUUGGAGCUGGACGAGAGCCUGGUCCAUGCUGGUGUCAGCAAGGAGACUGGGCCAAAGCAGGGGAUUAUCAAGAGAUGGGAAGAAUGCCCAUAGCAGGAUGGGGCUGCUGCGGUAACAGGAUGUCCAUUCAGACCAAUGGUGUCAAGAGUAUGCACAUCAGUCAAAAGACACCCUGCUCACCCUCUUGUCUCCCUGCCUUCAGGACAUGUUCCUAAGGACAGAUCUCAGCAUAGCAACCUCCUGCCAGGACCGCAGGAAGGCUCCAUGCCACAUAUCAAAAUUCACCAGGCGGUCUGCAACAUGGCAAAUAGGCCCUUUCCCAUUAUGGAGUCACAGAAAUGUUGAGGAAACUGUCACAAAAUAAAUAUUUAUUUCAUGUAUGCUGUCCCUGCACAAAAUAAAGGGAGGUCCUCAGUGGCAGAAAUGAAGAGAAAAACAACAGCCGAAGCACUUAGGUGUAAAUUGGAAGCCUGGAGUCCAUGGGGAUCUUAGAGGAGCCAAAUUUAGGUGCUAGGGACUGAACUGAGUUAAUAACACUUGAAAAGGAAUGGGACCUGUGGCCUUAGCCUUGCUUGGAGGAGAGAAGCUUUUACUUUU